ACUCACUGAGCUUAGCCUCAGCUUCAGCCUCGGCCUCUCCAUGUCAUGACUGCGCGUUGUUCGAUGUUGUGUAAGUGGUCGGCAAGUCCGAGCAAUGUCGCACUCGCGUCAUGGCGUUUUUAUCGUACAUCCUUUGGUACACUGUCUGCAGAGGGAAGUGGCUUCCGGAAGCAAACUCCAUUCUGAUUUCAUCAUGACCUUGAGCCGGAUCAGUGAUCCUACGCCACUUUCAAACACCAUACUUGGGGAUUCCCAUAAUCUGGCUAUAUUGACUCGUGUGAGGGAAAAAAGACUUUGAUCCAGAAAGCGCGGAACCCCAAGACUACCAAGCCCGUCAUGUCAGAUUCAACGGAGCCUCCGGUCUACACUCUCGCAGAGGGAAGGCCGGUCAAUGAUCCAACCUCUUCAGUGGUCCUGCGCGGACCGAAGGUUCGCGGUGGCGGCCUCGCCUUGCUCGAGGAUACGCAACUGAUCGAGACCUUGGCUCAUUUCCCUCGGGAGAGGAUUCCAGAAAGAGUCGUCCAUGCGAAAGCCGCUGGGGCUUGGGGAGAAUUCGAAUGCACCCAUGACGUGACGGAUUGGUGUUCGGCAGCGUUCCUCAGCACAGUUGGCAAGAAGACGGAGGUCCUAGCUCGGCUGUCGACCGUUGCUGGAGAGAAGGGGUCUUCCGACACGGCGAGAGACAUUCGAGGAUUCGCGCUAAAAUUCAAGACCGAGGAAGGUAACUGGGACUUCGUAGGCAACGACCUGCCCGUUUUCUUCAUCAGGGAUCCGAUAAAAUUCCCCAGCCUGAACCGGUCACAUAAACGACACCCGCAGACUGGGGUCGCGGAUGCAAGUAUGUUCUGGGACUUCCAUAAUCACAACCAGGAAGGAGUGCAUUGUCUGAUGCAGCUCUUCGGCGGACGCGGUGUGCCCGCUUCCCUCCGUAACGUCAACGGCUUCGGCAACCACACGUUCAAGUUUGGCAAGCCCAAGGACGGCAGCUUCAAAUACGUCAAGAUCCAUUUCAAACCGGACGCCGGCAUCCAAACCCUAUCACAGGAGGAUGCGGUGCGCCUAGCCGGCGAGGAACCGGACUACCACGUCAAGGAUAUGUUCAAUGCGAUCGAGCGAGGCAAUUUCCCUACAUGGACAAUGUCGUUGCAGGUUAUGGACCCCAAGGACGCAGAGACGUACCGCUGGAACAUCUUCGACAUCACAAAGGUCUGGCCGCACGAGGACUAUCCGCUGAUCCCCGUCGGCAAGUUGACCUUGAAUCGCAACCCCGAGAACCACUUCCAGGAGAUCGAGCAGGCCGCCUUUUCGCCGUCCAACCUGGUCCCAGGCAUCGGUCCUUCCGCCGACACCAUGUUGCACGCACGAAUGUUCAGCUACCCGGACGCCGCGCGGUACCGUGUGGGACCGAAUUAUCAGCAGUUGCCCCCGAAUCGGGCGUUGAGAGUGUACUCGCCCUACCAACGCGACGGUCCCAUGAGGUUGGACGGGAACUACGGGUCCGAUCCGGAUUAUGUUCGCUCCUCGUUCCGCAAGAUCAGAAGUGGUCCCGCGGAUGUCGCGCAUGACGAAUGGGUCGGCCGGGUCCAAGCAUAUUCUUCCGACGUGACCGAGGAAGACUUCGAGCAGCCACGUAUGCUGUGGAAGAUUUUCAAGGACACGGGCGAGGACAAGGAAUUCCUACAUAACCUGUCCGGACAUGUUGGUAAAGCUUUGCCGGAGGUGCAGAAGGAUACGAUCGAAAUGUGGAGGAGAGUCGAUGAGGAGAUCGCACAGCGUCUGGCAGAUGCACUCCAGAAGGGCAACCAACGUGCCGACCACGAUAAGGCGCCACCGACGCAGGUCGCUUUGGCUGCGCAUCGAAGAUAGAAUAUGCACCAGCGCGAAUAACCACAGGCAAUAUAUUGUAGUAGUCCGAAAGAUAGAAUGGGCAUUGUGCACAGCACGAUGAUCGCAAGCCACAGCGGUAAUGCAAGAGUUUUAGAGACAGUCCGAGAAUAACCG